AUGUCAAAUCGAUUCCCCCCAUCGUCCGGGUUCAAUUCCCGUGAUCGUUCUCCGCAGCGCUUCGGUCGUCCACCCGUUGGCCCUCGUGGUCCUGACGAUGGCCCUGCCCCGUUCAGAGAUCCGCCCCGUGGUCCUCGCGCCUUGGCCGCAUCCGACGCAACUCUCGCGACAGCAUCCUAUCCGCAUCUUCAGGAGGCCCAGAUGGCCCACCUACAAAUGGCAGUCACAUCAACCGAGGAGGCAUGCGAGGGCGCGGCCGUGGAGACUGGGAAAGUGGACGCGGUCGAGGCCGCCCGCCCUUUCUCAACGACGACCGCGAUCUCUUUCGCCGACGAAGCCGUUCUCGCGAACCAUGGCGCGGACGCCCUGAUCGCAUGA